GGUGGCUCUGCCCGGGAAGGGGAGGAGACUGGCGGCACUCCCAGCCCGGCCGCAUCCCUUCCCACCGCCCGCGAUGCUCAGUCUGGCUCAGCCUGGCAGCAGCGCAGGCAGGGAGGGCACCCCGGCCUAGAGAAGGACAUGGAAGAGUACAACCAGACAGAGACCUGGCACCAAAGCCUGCAGGCUAUGCUUAACGCCUUAAACCAGACACUGCACGGGGUCAUCCUCUGCCCCACUGACCAUUCUGCCACCACUGCUGCUGCUACACAGAACACCAGCCUUGGCCAUCCCGGCCGGAACGACAACGCCUACAUGUACAUCCUCUUCGUCAUGACGCUCUUCGCUGUCACGGUGGGCAGCCUCAUCCUGGGCUACACCCGCUCCCGGAAGGUGGACAAGCGCAGUGACCCAUACCACGUCUACAUCAAGAACAGGGUCUCCAUGAUCUGAGCCUGGCCCUAAUGCCUUGUCCCCACAGAGCCAGUGGGUUUGGGGUCAGGUUGCUCUGCACAUCCCACUGUCUGUGGGAUGUGGCAGUGUUGCCAGCCCCAAAUCUCCUGGGAACCCCCACUGUGGAGAUGCUCAGCC